UUGCCGCCGCGUUGACGGUGGUGGUUAUCUGGUGGCGUUUACUACCGCUGUAGUCGUUCGGCACUGUUUUGAUGCUUUUUAGUACUGCUAUUGAUUACUGCUAUUCACCAUCGGAGCCAGCGCUACAAGUAAAGAGCACUGGGGGACAACAUCGCCUUAUAGUUGAGUUGUACACUCUGAUCCGUUCUGAUUGUGUGUUCUUCGAGCUGUAGUUUAUAUAUAAAUGAAUUUUGGUGUUACAGCCAGUUAAGCCAUUUGGUUUGUUUUAGGCGGUUCGACAGGGUUGCUGUGUAUGUGCUUAAGCUGUUCUCGAAUGUUGUGCGAUCGAUGACAACUUUUACGCUCUCCGAUCCAGUAAAUCUGAUAGCGCAAACGGCUGAUGAUGUGGUAAAAUCUCUGGAUCGUCAUUUUAGUCAGCUUGUUACUACUCUGAUUGUUGUAUUUUUGUGACGUGAUAUAUACACAAAUGAUCUUGUGAUUGCCUCUACCGUCAACAAUGUGGAUUCCCUUAGCCGUACAAAUGGAUUUUUAGUAGCGGCAUAGUGAAGUUUGUUUGUGGCUGAUCUUCCGCUAUUCACAGCAGUAGGAUUUAAAUGUGUUAGAGUUUUGCAUGACAGAAUAAUCAACGAUAGCAUCUACGAUAGUAGUCGCCAGGUGCAACAGUGUUUGAGAAGCAACGUUCGUGAGCGAAGCUGUUACUGGAAGAGGAUAAAAAUGAGCUGGACUAUUCAUACGACUAUUCCUGGAGCAUGCGGAAAGGUGUUGCAGCUGAGUUCAAUGUUGCUUUGAUGCAGCAUACGGGAAAGACUCGAAGAUGAUCAUCUACCCAGAGUGAAGAUAGAGAGAAGGCUGCCAGUGUCGCUGUAUUUGAAAGCUGCCAACUUGUCCGUGAUCGAUUAUAAUCUAACUCAACGCUGGAGCAUCGUCACACCUCGUUGUCCUCAACGUCAACAUGCGACAAUUACAAUGGUGCUACGAUACAUCAUUAAACCUGCAAGCGCUGUUGUUAGCUCUGUUAACUAUAGGAAUGGCUCUAUGUAGCAGUCCGGUGGCAGCCAGCCAAAUCAAAAUUCUACCUUACGGUAAGGUCAGGCCUACGUAUCGGGUACAAUGUUCAUCAGAGAUACCGAACGACGCAGCUUCUGAACAGCUAAGCAAUAUGACAGUCGUUUGGCGAGACGCUGAGGGGCAUGCGAUCGGCGAAAGUCCGGUGAUCUUCGCACCCGACGAGCCAUCGAUCAGCGCUGAAAUGACUGUACAAUACGCGGGUGCAUCGGCACAAUUUAGUUGCGCGUUCAAGCGGCCAGGAGGCAGUGCGCUGACGGGACUACAGUUCAGCGACAUUUAUGUGUACGCGCGAUCGGAAAAAUGCGAAUCGGAUCUGGCCUACUGUGACCCAGGGAAGCGCGUAUGUCGGCAAGCAAAGUGCGUCUGCCAACAGGGUGAGCAUCUGUUCGAUGGAGCCCAAUGCGUGCCUGGCUACACGGAACCGCUGCCUUGUCCGGCGGUCUCACUUAAAGACGGCGACCAAUGCACCGGGGCUCUCCGUAAGAUUGCCAAGCGUAAACCAUAUACGCAAUGUAGGCAACGCAAAAAUCGAACUCUACUUGAACGAGUUAAGCUUCUCGUGCCGACGAUUCGUCCGAGAACCGAGGAUUUCAGCCACUGUCCCUGCAAGGGCGCUACGGCCGGCAACAUCAUUGAAAUCAACGGUAUUGAAUAUUGCCAAGAUGUCGAACAGGUCAUGUGUUGCGUACCCUUGUCACUGCUGACGGACAGUCACGAUUUCUCGUUUGUCUGGUUCACGCUCAUCUCGAUAUCGAUCUUCAUAGGGCUCGUGUUAAUCGCCGCCUUCGUUCUCAUGGUAUGCAAAUCACGCCAGCAACUUCAGGCUCAACAUAGAGCUCAGCUACGUGCCAUCGCUCUUCAACAACAACAUAACGACGAAGCCCAUUUUACUAUUUAUGACCCGCGAGUGCAUCGAACAGUUUCAGUUGCGUCGGAUAAGCCGCCUUCAUAUCACGAAGUCGUUCGCCGGGAGGCGAGUACGCCACCUCCCGCUUAUAAUAUGGCGGUCGCUAACCUAAACGGUAUCUCGCCAAUCGCGCCUGGGACCACAACGACCGCAGUUACAACAACUACACUCAAUUCCGCUGAACCGGCGCCGCGGACGGGCUCAGUCCAACCUGUACAGCGAUCCUCCGAAGCUAAAUCCAGCCAUGAAUGAGUAAUUACCCAGGGCGAAGGCCGAAGUAAAUGAAGGCGGUUCUAUUGGCCAAGCUGCUGAUCGUUGAUUAUUUAAGCCCAGUUAUUAUCGUUAUUUUUUUAUGCUAUUAGGUUAGUUAUUAAUGCAUUGUUGAUAACGUUGCUAUGUAUAGAUAUAUAGUAAUUAAAUUUACUUAUAGCGCGGAUGCCACCAAUAAAGGUAAACUUCAGAGCCGAAGUGAUAAUCGAUUUAGAUAUGAUCAGUGUUAGACGCCCGUGCGACAUGUUGUGCACAGGCCAUAUUUAGUGCCACAUUAGGCCGACAGUAAUGUUGAACUAGAGCAAAAAAAAAGAACAAACUAUUUGUUAAGAUAAAUAUAUAGCUGUAAUAUUUUCGAGUAGUAUAUGUGCAACAGGAGCGUCGUUAACGAGACGUCAGAAUCCUAUGCCAUCAGAAACUCAAAAUGAAAGUAAGUCGGUGUGUUAAAGUGCACCCGAUACGGCGACUGCGGUCGACGUCCGCUAUGGGCUUCCAUUAGUUACGCAUAUGUUUGAAAACUUUCGACAAAUUCAUGCCAGAAGCACAUGGCACGUUACUAACUUUCUGGAGUUGAACUCCAGAAGAUGGCGGAGGCGGUAACGCGUGGUCCAGCGCUAUUGUAAAGUUGAAUGUUACACGAGUUAGCGGGCGCUGUCGCUCGUUGUUUCAGAAGACCGAUUUGCGGAAGUGCAGAGCGUGGUCUAUCAAGUUUUGGUAAGCAGGCGGAUUUGAUUAUGUGCUUUGUUGCAGGUAGAGAGAAAAGAUCAGGAAUGCCAAUGUUCGCCAUUGAAGCUGAAAGUGGCAGCCUCUGAAACGCCACUGGAAUUUGCAGCAGCGAGACGACGGAUCAUUAAAUGGGGCGGGGAAUGAUAUAUCGUAAUAGGGAAGACCACUGAGAAAUGAACGCAGGCGUCAAUAUACUACCGACGACGAGACGUCGAAUGUCACGUUUAUUUACUCAGUUGAUUAUUCCGGAGAUGUCUGAACUUUCUAGAUUGGUCACACAUCCAGACAGAUACAUACACUAAUAAGAACCAUUGGUAUAACGUUGUGGCAGAUGUUUGUGGCAGAACUCGUGUUCAUUCUGCUUCUGCUGCUGUGAAGUUUACGUUACUACGAUGGCGAGCAAAAACCAGAUCGACGAUAUACAUGCAAAGAACGAAGAAAAUAUCAUCCUCUAAUACGCCAAGAUGCUCAGUGAGCGACUAAGUCAGUCGCUAAAUCAGCAGAUACGCGCGUUUGUGUUCUUUCGUUCUAUGAAAAAGUGGACUUCUGCUCUACACUUGUUCGUUAAAUAGGCGUCGCUACAAACGUCGAAGCGCUAAAGAUGCAGUGAACAGCGACGGUAGAAGAACGUAGGGCGUAACGGCGCUCGCCAUCACGAUUGCAGAACGAAAAGAGACGCUGUAAUAUUGGAUGUGAUCCAUCAACUAAACAACAAUCUGUCUGCUUAAACAGGAAACAAUUGCACAGUUUUAGAUUUUUUUUCUUUAUAAACAAAUGGACACGUAUCAAGGACGGCUAGCACGAUAACUAGAACCAGAGGGAACGAUUCUCCGCUCAGAGCCAUAUAGCACGUAUGUCCGGGUGACUUAUUGUUGUUUCAUUGGGAAGGUUCGUAGCAAUAACUCGAUGAUAUGGAGUAACUACGAUUUUCGCUGUGGAGUAAUUUACGAUUAGCCAUUGUUGUCGUAGUGGAAGUAAGUUAAUCGAAAACAGAUCAGUUACGGAUAAGUUAAUGGGAUGGAUUUUUUUUUUUAGGGAAGCACCUCGAGAGCGUGUUGUUACCACUAGCCGCUCGGUCUACUCUAGCCGAGUCAAUGAGCAUUGUCCUUAAUACUGUAUCAUAUCUGUAUUGUAAAUACAUAGAAAAAUCAUAUAAGUUUCAGUCGACAAAUGCGCCGACUAACCUACCAAACGGUUAUCAAAGUAAAACGAUCGCAAAGGCUGUUUCAUCUUAUAGUAGUUGGACCGUUGUCAAGGAGCUAGAGAAAAUGAAUUAAGAUACCAACACCUCCAUCCUACAUAAAUAGGACAUUCGGUAGCUUAUCUUGAACCAGCGCAGGCUUGGUGACUUUUUUCUAGUUCGGUAUAGACCGUUUUUCCUACUUCUACGGACAAACGCGAAGCCCAAUGUUGCCAGUUAAUGUCACAGUACAAAUAGCAAACAGGUGAUAUCAAGUCGAGGUCAAUAGGACAGAGACCUUGCUACGUACGUAUAUCUUGCAUUGCUGCAAUAUAACAAAGCGAAAUUGAAUAUCUGUCUAUUGCCCGCUGUUCUCAUGUAACAUAUGUACAUAGCAAAAUAAAGUACGAUACAAAUCCUAAUAAACUGUGAUACAAAUAUAACGAGUUGGUGUUGUCGA